AAGAUUUGAAUGUCCCGAAUAUGUGUGAAGUUACUCACUGCCGGCGCUCGUGGGAGCUAAUGCGCGGGAAUGUAAAAUAGAGUGUACCAAGCUGCACCCCCCCCCCGAGUCGAUUGAGGCCGAGAUAUGCGGCUGUGCUUCGUUUCGAGGCACAGUCGGUCAAGUUUGAUAAGUAUCCCUUUUUCUGGUUGCAAUUGACAAGCCCUAACGUGUCACUUGGUGGUUCGUAAGGAGGUGAAGACAACAAGUGCGUGCCAUACUUAUUUUUGGAGCUGCGACUUCGAAACAAGCCGGCCAGCGAAAUAGAACAAGUGACGAAUCCUUACAUGUCACGUGUUUUCUGUUCCGUGAGUAAGAAAGAGACAUAACAGCGCUCGGCAUCAUGGCGAAAGCUCGUGAUCUGGCUACUGGAUCGCAUUACCAGCGGAUGACGGACACAAAGGCGUACACAUUGAACCAGGUGGCUGUCGGCGACAACGACCGUGAAUGUUUCUUCUCUGACACAGGAAGAUACAACACCCAGAAGAAACCGAUCCGCAGUGCACAAAAGCGAGCGGAUAUUCAGGCAUCCAUUCGGGAAAGAAGUGAGGCACUUGCCGAUCCUGCGGGAACAGUCUGGGCUUGUUGCCUGGGAGCAGAAAUAUAUUUCGCGGAACUGCUGAAAAGUCUGAAAAAAAGUGAAAAUCAAGGUACAUCUUUGAUCAAGAUCGAAAAUACGUAUAGCGAGGUCUUCUUUUGCAAUUGCUUCCACCACAAAAAGACGUGCUUCAUCUUUAGGUUCGGUUGCAUUGUGGCAUGGGAUGCCGACAAAGAUCAGCGAGAAGAACUCAUUCGAGUAAUGGAACCGUUUGUGAAGGAGUCCCUGGGGUCGAAACGAGAAGAUGAUACCAUGAGUUACGUCUGGUCUGAAAGAGCAACAAUCAAGGCGGAUCACAUCCACUUGGUGACGCCUAACGUGUUUGAGCGGUUAGCAUACUCAUACGCUUUCGCGCAGAGCGUGAAGCUGGCGGUCUUUGAGACAGUUGUCGAUGAGACAAUUGAGAGGACGCGGAAACUUCCAGAGGGUUUGGCAAAGUCAGGAAAAAUCAAUUCAACUCGGGAGGAUAUAGGCAAGCGAAUUGGAGAGCUUUUCGUGAAUCGCUUCUACAUCAACCUACACACAGACAUACUUGACACUCCAGACAUCUUCUGGGACAAUGACGAUUUCGCUGACCACUACGACAACUGCCGACGAUACCUGGAGAUUCCCAAAAGAGUUGACAUUCUCAAUCAAAGGUUAGACAUUAUCAAGGAUCUAUACGAUAUGCUGAACAAUGAGCUAACAAUUCAGCACGGAUAUAAACUCGAAUGGAUCGUCAUAUACCUAAUCUGCGUCGAGGUGCUCAUCGACCUUGUCUGGAAUAUCCUUAUCAAGGAUAUACUCAAGUGGGUAUAG